AUGCCGAAUCUUGCCGAGACCAUCACUACCGAUCAACUCGUCAAACCGUAUGCCACCUACUGUCUCGCCGACUUCCCGUACCAGAGCCAAAUCCGCACGCUCGUCACGCCGCCAUCUACCGUUCACUCGUACAUUGCCGUCGCGCCGUUGUUCCGCCACCUUACCGGCCUCAGAAGCCUCCAACUUGACGCCACAAUGGUCAGUGAGCUGUGCCAGCCAUUCCUCGGGCGCGACCUGCCUUCGGACGUCAAGCUUGCCCGCGAGUUUGCACGAGUUGCUCUCGAACAACUCGCGCAUCGCGUCAGCCGACUUGCGCUUUUUGGCAUGGAGUUCAAGGCGCCCCUGGGUCGAGUCAUCGCCUCGCAAUUGAUUGCGCCGGCCCAGAUCCGGUAUCUCCGGCUGGAAGGCGACACUGCGUCGUUGUGGUGGAACGACAACCCGCAAGACUGGCACGCUUUCCUCGGCAGACUUUCGAGCCUUGACUCCCUCGAGAUCCACCACAUCGGUUUGUUCGGCGAAGCUAGAAAUCCACAAAUCUGGCUUCGCCCGGCGAAUCGCGUUUGGCAGGACGCGUGGCGGAUGCCCAACCUGCGGCGUUUCGUUCUGACUACGCCUGCCUCGCCUUCGGUUGUCUUACCGCUUCUCUCAGUCGCACUUCCCAACAUCGAGGAGCUGCAGCUCAAGUUUGUUGAGCCGGAAUACGACGAAGUCGACGAGGACGAGUUCAUGGCGACGAUGGCGCCGUUGGAGUGGCCGCACCUCAAGACGCUCGCCCUCACGUGCUCCUGUAACCUUUUGCGAGCGCUCCUCCCCAACUUCCGCUCUUGCGUCAGCCUGCGGCACCUCCGCUUCUCACCAAAUGACUACCUUGAUGCAUACGAGAAGCUCGUCCUCAACUCGCUUCUGCCGCAGAUACGCCGCCUGACCAUCUAUGUCAGGUCCGAUAAUCCCUGGACUGGCAGAAGCUGGGACUUGCUGGAGCAGGAGUGCGCGGUGCGGAAGGUCGACCUCGAAUGGCGACCUGUGCGCUGGCGAUGGGACGAGCUGCGCAACCGGCAAGACCACUACCUGCAAGGAUGGCCCUCCGACGAGUCUUGGUCGACUUACCCGAAGGAUGCGCUGCUCGACGACCUCGACUGGGCCGUCCGACGCCUCGACUCGCUGCAGCAGACCGGCGACCUUGACGGCUACAAGGAGAUGUGCGCCAUCCUCGACCCUCUUCGGCAACGUCACUUCAUCGAGCGCGGCGCGCCGACCGUCGUCAAGGGCGAGGACGAGGACGAGGUCAACGUACGGACGAGCCGUUUCUGA